AACGUAAGAAACUGCCCUUGACCCCAGGUCGGUGCUCACCAGAAAGCCGUGUCCACCAGACACAGGGCUUUCCUCUCUGGGAAAGUGCUGGAAUCUUGUUUCUUCCCAGCAAACAGUGGCCAAGUAGGCCGUGCAUGUGGUCAGGCUGUCUCUCCAGCGUCUUCCACUUCUGAAGACAUUUGCAGCCGCUCGUCGCCUGCUUGCUUCCCCAGCCUCAGACUCAGGAGCCAUCUCACGGGACAGGGCUGGUGCUGGUGCUCCUGUGACUGUCAGCUUUCCAGGGUCUCUUCUCCAGAUUCCGAGGGCUCGUGACUGGCCACCUGGCUACUGAUGAGAAGCGGGGUCCCGGUGGCCCUCAGGCCGAUACUUUUGGGCUCAUUUCAAAGCAAAUAUCAUAAUCGUCUGAGUCUUCCUUCAAAAUACGUUUCCCCUUAAUGCCUUCUUCAGAUGCUCCCAGCCAGCCUUUGCUUUGGACUGUCCUACCCCUCAUCCGGGCUUUGCGAUGCACAGACACCUGGUCUCUGCCUCCAGGUGCCCCUCAGCCGAGCCCCGUGCACCUUCCAGGAGACUCGGCCCCAAACACAGCUUCAUCGCAGUGCUCCCGGCACGGCCUGCUUCAGGGCCUGUUGGCCACAGGACAUUGUCCAGACGCCUCCAGUGCAUCCUCAGCCGCCUGUUGACUGGGGCCAGAGAAUUUCUAGAGCUUAGCCAUUCAAGCAGUGCAGGAACACCUGGCCCUCUAAUGCAUAUUUGAACACGGAACAUUACCUCCGUGAGGACAGGAGCAUUUUUGUCUUUGUCACCUGUACCUGACCUGUGAGCCCUCCGGGAACAAUUUAUUGAAUAACGACCUGAACACAGGACACGGGACGAUAUCCCCACGGGCUAGUAAGGUUUCAUCCGGUACGUUUGUUCCUAAAUUCUUGUGCUGAGUCAAGGUCAUGUGAUGGCCUGUCAAGAUCAAGGAUCACGCGUGGGCCUGUUAACCGGUCUUGCCAGGACUCCUUCCCCAAGGCUGUGACCAUCCAUACUCCCCCAGUGAUGCUUUUGCACCUGCUUCCCUGUGUCCUUGCAGCCUGCCAGUCACACGUUUUGCAAUUUUGCUAAAAAAAACAAAAAACAAAACACAAAACCCAAACAGCCUCUCUCUUGAGGUUCCUCUUUAAAAAACUAUUAUGACUUAUUGCCUAUUCUUUGGAACUAUUUUCUGUUGGCUCAGUCGUCUUUCCCUCCCCCCGCCCCUUGCUGUAAGUCCUGGUGUGUCAGGGGCAAACCUUCUGUGUCCAUCCCCUCGGGGCCUCGUGAUGACUGGGGAUGGCGUCACCGAGAUGCCCGUGCGUGUUCAGCCGGGCGGCUGACACCACCCGCUCUCGUGCACUUGGGAGAUGUGGCCGUCAGGAGCUCGGACCGGGCCAGGGGCAGAGCGCCUUCCCUGUGCGAGUCAGGUGCUGGCACGGACGUGGGCACAGGAGCCCUUCCCGGCGGGAUCCCGCACCCGAGCGUCAGUGGUCCCGAUCACCAAAUUUGUUGAAUUCACCACAUGUGAACAUCAGAGAGGAAGUUCAUCAUUUAAAUGAUACGUUUAAAGUAUUUGGAAUUCUUCCAAACGAGGAAGCUCAGAACAGCCAGAGAAACUAAUUUCAGAAAAAAACCCUAAUCCGCUGAAUUCCAAUUUCUCCCGAGCGCUUAUCUCCCGUAGCAGGCGUGCUGGGAGCACCUCGGACGGCAUCUCACAGAGAACUGUCUUCUGUCUUGCAGCACCCCGUACAAAGUGAGACCGGUGGCCAUCAAGCAGCUGUCUGAGAAAGAAGAAUUAAUCCAGAGCAUGCUGACCCAGGUCGUAGAGCAGUUCUCAAGAGCGUUUAAGAUCAACGAACUCAAAGCCGAAGUCGCGAAUCACCUGGCCGUGCUCGAGAAGCGCGUCGAACUGGAAGGCCUGAAAGUGGUGGAGAUUGAGAAAUGCAAGAGCGACAUCAAGAAGAUGCGGGACGAGCUGGCGGCCCGAAGCAGCAGGACCAGCUGUCCCUGUAAGUACAAUUUCGUGGACACCAACAAGAAGAUGACGCCCCGGCGUGAUGUCCCCACUUACCCCAAGUACCUGCUCUCUCCAGAGACCAUCGAAGCGCUCCGGAAGCCCACCUUUGACGUCUGGCUCUGGGAGCCCAACGAGAUGCUGAGCUGCCUAGAGCACAUGUACCACGACCUGGGCCUGGUCCGAGACUUCUCCAUCCACCCCGUCACGCUCAGGAGAUGGCUGCUCUGCGUGCACGACAACUACAGAAACAACCCUUUCCACAAUUUCCGGCAUUGCUUCUGCGUGACCCAGAUGAUGUACAGCAUGAUCUGGCUCUGCCGGCUCCAGGAGAAAUUUUCCCAAAUGGAUAUCUUGAUUCUAAUGACGGCAGCCAUCUGUCACGAUUUGGAUCACCCAGGGUACAACAACACGUACCAGAUCAACGCCCGCACGGAGCUGGCCGUCCGUUACAAUGACAUCUCGCCCCUGGAGAACCACCACUGUGCCGUGGCCUUUCAGAUCCUCGCCCAGCCCGAGUGCAAUAUCUUCACCAACGUGCAGCCGGACGGGUUCAAACAGAUCAGACAGGGGAUGAUCACUCUGAUUCUAGCCACUGACAUGGCAAGACACGCAGAAAUUAUGGAUUCUUUCAAAGAAAAAAUGGAGAAUUUUGACUACAGCAACGAACAGCAUGUGACCCUCCUGAAGAUGAUUCUGAUAAAAUGCUGUGAUAUCUCCAACGAGGUGCGUCCGGUGGCAGUUGCAGAACCUUGGGUGGACUGCUUGUUGGAAGAGUAUUUCAUGCAGAGCGACCGCGAGAAGUCGGAAGGCCUUCCCGUGGCCCCUUUCAUGGACCGGGACAAAGUGACCAAAGCCACGGCCCAAAUUGGGUUCAUCAAGUUUGUCCUGAUCCCCAUGUUUGAAACGGUGACCAAGCUCUUCCCUGUGGUCGAGGAACUCAUGCUGCGGCCCCUUUGGGAAUCCAGAGACCGUUACGAGGAACUGAAACAAAGAGAUGACUCCGUGAAAGAGAGGGAGACGGAGAGCUUGACGGCGGGGGGCACCGACACAUCGUCGUCGAGAGAGAAAAGCAGAGAUGUGAGAAACAGAGAAGAGGGUGCUAUUCUGAACUGACGUCUCGAUGCACAUGACGGAGCCUGGAGGAGGCAGGACGAUGCGGGCCGUGGUUCUGGACCAGGCUGGCCGAGCCUCGAGAGCCGUCCGCGCGGGCGAGAAGUUCAUUCCGAGCGCCUGACUCCACGAGACCACGUUUUCUAAGAACUGUUUUGUUCACUGAUACAAAAAACUCAAAAAAAAAAAAGGAAAA